AUGCUUGUUUUUCUUUACAUACUUUUGCUUUUCCAUCACCUUCAUACAAAGGCGGAAAACACUGUUUGCCAACUGAUGGGAGACCCUAAGUACCCGCUGUUAUCCAAGGAAGGAGACGUAACUAUUGGAGCAGUGCUUUCAGUUCACAGUAAAGAAACAUUACCAUCAUUUGAGUUUACACAAAAACCUCAACGUCUGUUUUGUUCCAGUGUGAAUCUAAGAGAUUUUCGUCUGGCUCAAAUCAUGAUCUUUGCCAUUGAGGAGAUUAACAGAAGUGACAGUUUGCUCCCAAAUGUUUCUAUUGGCUACAAAAUCUAUGACACCUGUGGAUCAAGACUCUCUUCGAUGAGUGCAACCAUGGCAUUGAUGAAUGGUCAUGCUAUUGCGGCAGAGGACAGAUGCAAUGGACAGUCUCCAGUACAUGCUAUCAUAGGAGAAACAGAAUCUUCAACCACAGUGAUUCUGGCCAGAAAUACAGGACCUUUUAAAAUUCCAGUGAUAAGUCCCUCGGCCACAUGUGAAUGUCUCAGUAAUAGGAAACAUUACACAUCAUUUUUCAGGACAAUUGCUAGUGAUUACCAUCAAAGCAGAGCACUUGCACAAAUAGUCAAGCACUUUGGCUGGUCUUGGGUGGGAGCUGUGAACAGUGACAAUGACUAUGGAAACAAUGGAAUGACCAUAUUUCUGAAAGCUGCCCAGGAGGAGGGAAUUUGUGUGGAGUACUCAGUGAAAUUCUACCGAACAGAGACUGAAAAACUUAAAAAAGUUGUAGACACAAUAAAAAAAGGCACUGCAAAAGUGAUUGUUGCGUUUCUUUCCCAUUUUGAGAUGGGAAACCUGCUUGAUGAGCUAAGUUUUGAGAACAUUACAGACCUCCAAGUGAUUGGUGUGGAGGCAUGGAUAACGGCAAAGAGUUUGAUAACUCCAAGCAGCUUUCGUGUUCUGGGAGGGUCACUAGGGUUUGCAGUGAGAAAAAUCAAUAUUGAAGGGUUUGCAGAUUACAUUAUUAAAGAAUUCUGGGACACAGAUUUUUCAUGCUCACAAAAGGAAGGGAAUUAUUCUCAAUAUGCAAUAAAUUGCAGUCAAUUUCAGGAUCUACUUGCAUUGAAAAAUUACAAAGAAGAUGUGUUGGAACAAAGCUAUUCAAGCAACGUCUACAAAGCAGUUUAUGCUGUGGCUCAUUCACUACACAUUAUGCUUAACUGUAAAGAAAGAAGUGGUUGUGAGAACGGUGUGACCAUUCCCCCACAUAAGGUGGUCGAGGCUCUUCAAAAUGUGCAUUUCACUACAAAGAUGGGAGAUUAUGUGUGGUUUGACAGCACUGGUGCAGUUGUAGCCCAAUAUGAAGUUGUAAACUGGCAGCAGGAUUCAGAUGGAUCAGUACAAUUUAAACCAGUGGGAUACUAUGAUGCUUCACUACCUCCUGACCAGCGCUUUGUGCUCAACACUGACAACAUUAUUUGGGCUGGAGGACAGCUAGAGAAGCCAAACUCUGUGUGCAGUGAGAGCUGUCCUCCAGGCACUAGGAAGGCUACACAGAAAGGAAGACCAGUCUGCUGCUAUGACUGUAUUUCAUGUGCAGAAGGAGAAAUCAGUAAUGAGACAGAUUCAAUUAACUGCAAGCAGUGUCCAGGCGAAUAUUGGUCUAAUGCUGAGAAAAAUAAUUGUGUUUUUAAGGCUAUAGAGUUUCUGUCAUUCACAGAAGUUAUGGGUAUAGUGCUAGUCUUUUUCUCACUGUUUGGAGUAGGAUUAACCGUGUUGGUGGCCAUUCUGUUUUACAGCAAGAAAGACACCCCCAUAGUAAAAGCCAACAACUCAGAGCUGAGCUUUCUGUUGCUUUUCUCAUUGACUCUUUGUUUUCUCUGUUCACUUACUUUCAUCGGUCGGCCCACUGAGUGGUCCUGUAUGUUGUGUCACACAGUGUUUGGGAUCACUUUUGUCCUCUGUAUCUCCUGUGUUCUAGGGAAAACAAUAGUUGUGUUAAUGGCCUUCAAGGCUACACUUCCAGGAAGUAAUGUCAUGAAAUGGUUUGGGCCUGCACAGCAACGACUCAGUGCUCUUGCCUUUACAGUUAUACAAGUUCUUAUAUGUGUGCUUUGGCUAACAUUAUCUCCUCCUUUACCUCACAAAAAUAUGAAUUAUUAUAAAGAAAAGAUCAUUCUUGAGUGCAGUCUGGGUUCUACUAUAGGUUUCUCUGCUGUUCUGGGUUAUAUUGGCCUAUUGGCUGUCUUGUGCUUUAUUUUGGCUUUUUUGGCUCACACGCUGCCUGAUAACUUCAAUGAAGCUAAAUUCAUUACAUUCAGUAUGCUCAUAUUCUGUGCUGUAUGGAUCACAUUUAUCCCAGAUUAUAUAAGUUCUCCUGGAAAAUUUACUGUAGCUGUGGAGAUAUUUGCCAUUUUAGCCUCAAGCUUUGGCUUACUAUUCUGCAUAUUUGCACCAAAAUGUUAUAUCAUCCUGUGUAAGCCUGAGCAAAAUACAAAGCAACAUAUGAUGGGAAAAUAUCAAUUAAAGCCCUAUUAA